AUGAUUGACACUCGAAACUUUCCAAGUCAGACGUUUCUGCGGGAUAUCGAUGCUCUAAACUGUUAUUAUCCAUACGAUCGUCAACCUUCAGAUGAUGAACUGAUUCUCAAGACCUUCAGCUACUUGUUUACUGAUGAGGAGCUGGAUUUGGGAGAAAUCAAAUACGAGGUGGAGGCUAAGCGGAUGCUGUAUGGCGGGACAUCGGUUAUGGAAGAGCUGAAGCGCUUUCAAGAGUUGAUGGAAAUGAUCAACAAUUUUUCGAAUGACGCCGUCGAGAAGAAAGAGCAGGAAGAUGUCGUCGCAACUAUGUCGGACUCCUUUGUGAGACUGACAACCAAUGAGUCGCCAAAUGCGAUCUUUAGCAGCAGGCCACACAGGUUUCGCAGGAUUUUUGAGAAUGCAUAA